AACGGUUUUCACCUUUGCAGAGGCAGAUGCAGAUCCCGGGGUUUGAUCCCCAGACCUUACCUCACCCAUUUGACACCUAUGGACAGUUCGUGGAUGAGAAUGAGGAGCUCCUCAAAAUGCUUCCCCCAUCGCCGGUGGCCGUGAACUAUUAUGAAGGAGGGGAUUUAUACAUGUUUGAUGAAUUCCAAACCAGUAGACUUCCGAACUCACGGCGUCCUAAAGUGAACAGCCUCUACGAUGUCUUCUGCAAUAUUCGGCCGCACGUGCUGGGAACUGGGCCCAGCGUCCCAUUUGAAACAUAUUUGAGGCCAUAUACAGAAGAACUUGAGAGAUGCCGUGGCCAUCACAGCCACUCUAACAACCAUCUUAAGGGCAAAGUCAUAGUACUGGGACAUUCCUGGAUGAAUCUUAACCAUAGUUACUCCCAGAUGCAGCUGAAAACGUACAAGCGUGAGUAUGCCCUUAGAUUGCAGUGACUGGAAGUGCUAUUGAGAAACUAAUCAGAUAGCGUUCCCGCAGCACUUUAUAGGUCACUUUGAAUCUAAUUACUAACUGGUGUGUGCGAAUGCUAGCUGCUUCCCCCCAUGCUCCUGCAAAUGAGUCAUACCGACUCAUACGUAACCUGGAGUGUGGGUCUUGUGUAAAAAAAUAAAAAUAAAAAUAAAAUUGGAGUUUUUUUCCUGUAGAUGAGUCGUCCGAUUCCGAGUUACAGCCUUUAUAGCAUCAUCAGGUGAUUAUUGUAUAAUAUGUAUAUUGAUUAAUUAGGGAAAAAAAGGGUCAUCAGGUAAUUGACAAUUGUAUACUAGUGACCGCGAUUAAUCUAUAGAGAUUCUGGAGUGAACCGGAUUCGUUAAGCUGACCUCCUUUGGUUCACUCUUUAUGCUGUGAUAGAAGAGUCUUUAGAACAGAGAGAUGUUAUUAUGUUACUUAAGACCAGUACAUCUGUGCCCUUCUGUACAACGAGGACGCCCACUGCGCGCUAAAUUUUGCCGAAAUGUCGGCGCAGCGUUCUUGUUUUAGUCUUGGCUGGCGCCACCAGCCAUUUUGGUCCCGUUGCCACGAGCCUCCAAUUUUUUCAGAGUGACUCAGUCGUGAUUCUCAAGUUGGCUGGGGCCAUCUACUGGUGGUGGUUUAAAACACCCUACCAGUUCGCACGAGCCUAACUUGAUGAAGCUACUUUCCAAGGCCCAUGAGCCUCCAACGGGGAACUUUGAUAGUGCUCUUCUGCCUUCACUACCGGCCCAGGCCCUACUCGAAAGUCUCUUACCAUGUAUACUGGUAAGAGCUCAAAAAAAAAAAAAAAAAAAAAAAAAAAAAGAGCUCAACUUAGGAUCGCUGGGUGAAGUGGUGGUUUAGUUUGCAUAUGGUGCUCGAACGCUGAGUUAAGAGUUGACGCUGUUGUCACGGAAGAAGCAAAUAGAGUAGCCUACUUAUAUUGGUCAGCGCCAGCAGGUAGAGAAUAUUUGCAGCUGAUUUGGAGCGGGUCCACCUCCGUCAAAUGGUGUGCUCAACUGUGGUCAGCGGUCGCAAAGCAUGUGUCAUUGACAUGGAAUAGCUGUUCAGAAUAUGCUCGCUUCAUGCGUAACAGAUGCCUUCAGACUUGCUCCAAGAUGUUUGACGCUAACGUGCUUUUCCAGGAAUGACACCAAACAACAUCACUUCAGAGUCUUCAGACUCUUCUGAAGCUGUGAUGUAGAACCUUGUGUCGAAAUGGGAUUAUGCGCAUGCAUGCAUGCAUGUGUGUGUGUGUGUGUGUGUGUGUGUGUGUGUGUGUGUGUGUGUGUGUGUGUGUAUGUUKUCAUGUUCGCUAUGCACAACUUCACAGAAGAAAGGGCAUGAGUGUGCCACACUGUUUUGUUGGACUUUCACGAACUCGUCAGGAGGUUGUGGGUGUGUGUGUCUUCCGAGGGGGGAGGGGGAGGGGGAGGGGGGAGGGGAUUGAGGGGUUGUCUCUGCCCCAGUUGCAUGUGGCAGAACAAGUCAAGAUAGAUUUUUCUUUUUGGCUUUUUGUGGUCUGGUUUCCUUUUCCUUCUUUGGCGAACACGCCACUUCAUCCUAACCAUCCACAGCCGAAAAUUAUUGUGGACAUCUAGCAGUUUGCGAAUGUAGGCUUCGGACCACCUUCCUCGCAUAGCACAAGCCACUGCCUUGGCAGCAUGACAGGGAGCUUGUUGGUCCAGGGCCCUAAGCAUGUGUCAUCUUAGACCCCAAGCCACUUCCCGAAGAUGUUUCUCUUUCAGCUGCUCUCAAGGUGAUCACGUAAACACUAAUCCCUAAAGUAAAGACUAGUAAGGAAAAAAUGUACAUAGCUUGUAUGGCAACCAUGGUUAACCAGCUUUGUAUCUAUAAAAAAAAAUAAAUGGUGUUUAAUACU